AAUUGAUUCUCAAAAUAUCCAAAGUCCAAAAGGCCACAAUCACGGACAAACACGAAAAUGUCACAUUCGACCUUUCCCACCUCCUCACGUGCUCUGGCUCCAUGGUGCAAUGUUCACCGGCGAUCACCCAAUUCUCCGUUCAGCUUCCGGCGGCAUCUCCGGCUUCCACCACUAAAGUCAACUCCCAUUCUGGCUAAAAGGGUCUCAAAAUCUGUUGCAAUCUUGGACUUCAAAGGUGGCAAAGGAAUGGGUGGGUUCCAUGAAGUUGAGCUCAAAGUCAGAGAUUAUGAGUUGGAUCAGUAUGGUGUUGUCAAUAAUGCCGUUUAUGCAAGUUAUUGCCAGCAUGGCCGUCACGAACUUCUGGAGAGGAUCGGUGUAAAAGCUGAUGCAGUUGCACGCACUGGUGACUCAUUAGCAUUGUCAGAACUGACCCUCAAGUUUCUUGCACCUUUACGUAGUGGAGACAAGUUUGUUGUGAAGGUUAGGGUAUCUGACUCUUCAGCUGCUCGGUUGUUCUUUGAACACUUCAUCUUCAAGCUGCCAAAUGAAGAGCCCAUAUUGGAGGCUAAAGCCACGGCUGUUUGGCUUGACAAAAGCUACCGUCCUGUUCGCAUUCCUGCAGAGGUCAGAUCGAAGUUCAACCUAUUUCUUCGCCAUGGAGAGUCCAACUAAUACUCAUCUAACAUCUUAUGACGGAUCAUUUUAGUUGAAGACCUUGCACUGUCGUGGUUCCCCUGUUUCGCUUUGCUCAGCUUCACAUUAUUCCACCUAUUCUUUUUGCUUCCUUUUCUGAUGUGAGGAUAACAGACUAUACUUGGACAUAGCUUGUAAAGUCUGGAAUGCCAUGCAAUCUGAAUUGGGUUACACCGAGACAAGUGCUUCCUUAAUGUACUCAAAGAUGAGGAAGGAUAUGGAAUUUAAAACUUCUUAA